AUGACGUCUAUCAAGCCCUUUGAGAUGAACGAUUUGUUCGACCUUAACCCAGUCAAUUUAGAUCCAUUCACAGAAAAUUUCAAUCUCCUGUUCUACUUCCAGUACGCUACCCAAUGGCCAGACCUCUUCUUCAAAUCAGUUGAAGAGGCUCCUGAAUUCAGCCCUAAGAUCAGUGGAUACAUGAUGGGGAAGACUGAGGGACAGCUUUCGAAAAAGGAAUGGCAUACCCAUAUCACUGCUGUUACUAUAAGCAGAGAUUAUAGACGUCUAGGUCUUGCGUCAGACCUUUGUUUGCAUUUGGAGAGGAUCACGGCCGUGGUGCCUUAUGAAACGCUAUUUGUUGAUUUGUUUGUGAAGGUAACGAAUAGCGUCGCCAGGCAAUUGUAUGAGAAGUUGGGCUACUCUGUCUACAGAAGAGUUAUAGGGUACUAUGGGGCAACCUACCCUAAGGACAAAAACCACACGGACGAUGAAUUGGAUGGGUUUGAUAUGAGAAAAGCUCUACCGAGAGAUGUCAAUAGGGAAACUGUUAGAGAGAACGGUGAAAAGCACUAUGUGCUCCCAGAUGAGGUUGUGUUUUAG